GAAGCCCGCCCCCGGAAGUCUCGCCUGACUCUGCAGCCUGUUCCCGGAAGUGCUGCUGCUUGUCGCGGACGCGAUGGCUUCAAGGUUACUUCGCGGAGCUGGAGCGCUGGCCGCGCAGGCCUUGAGGGCUCGCGGUCCGGCCGUGGUGCGCUCCAUGGCCUCUCGAGGUGGUAUGCCUACUGAUGACGAGCAGGCGACUGGGUUGGAGAGGGAGAUCAUGUUGGCUGCAAGAAAGGGACUGGACCCAUACAAUAUACUGCCCCCAAAGGGAGCUUCAGGCACUAAGGAAGACCCUAAUUUAGUUCCUUCCGUCACCAACAAGAGAAUAGUGGGCUGUAUCUGUGAAGAGGACAACAGUACCGUCAUCUGGUUUUGGUUGCACAAAGGCGAGGCCCAGCGAUGCCCUAGCUGUGGAGCCUAUUACAAGCUGGUGCCCCACCAGCUGGCACACUGAGCGCCUGCACUGAAUUACUCAAAAUAUGCUAUAAAACUUCUUCUUUCCAAUAAAGACUAGCCGUUGCAUUGGCUUCUUCUCCCAUA